AUUACUUGGAGACAGAACGCUCCAAAUUUGUACAUAUGUAAAAACAAUAUCGUUACAACAAACAGCAUGUCUCCAAAUAAAAAAGCUGCGCUCUUGUCCCCGAUUCAUAUCGGCGCAGUAUUUUUAUGCGCCACAGUCUUUGUUGGAGUAACAGCAAAAAGGAUUCGGAAUCUACCAAAAAAUUGGCGAGAAUUUAUCGAUCCGGAGAUUUUAGCUGAGAGCGACGAAGAAUCAACGCGUUAUGACAGCGAUUACCUGGAGGGCGACAUCCUUGGACUGCAGACUCUAGAGCUCGUCCAAGGAGCAGCAAACGCCGCUAAUGACGCUAGCCUGUUUUGGCCGAACCACACCCUUCCGUAUGAGUUUUCAAAGAAGCAAAACGCCCAAAUGACUGCAAAGGAAAUGCAGAUUAUUCUGGACUCAAUGCGCAUAAUAAGCCUUCUUUCCGGCAACUGCAUCAAAUUUGUCGUGCGGACCACUGAGGAGGACUACAUCAGCUUCCAGAAAGGAAUACAAUGUAUGUCCAAUAUCGGUCGCACUGGUGGAAAGCAGGCAGUAAUCUACUCUACGGGUUGCCUGAAGCACCACGGCGAUGUCCAGCACGAGCUGAUGCAUGCGAUGGGUUUCUUCCACGAACACUCCCGAUCGGAUCGUGACGAGCAUAUCAAAAUCAUUUGGGGCAAUAUUGCUAAAGGUGACCGUGAUCAGUUUGCCAAACACGAGGACGGUAACACGUACGGAUUGCCCUAUGAUUACGAGUCCGUCAUGCACUAUAAAUACAAUGCCUUUGCCAAGGACAGCAGUAAUCCGACAAUUCUUCCCAAAAAACUAAGAUCAAAGAUUGGACAAAAUAAAAACCUGAGUCCUUUGGAUAUUGCACGGAUACAUAGAAGAUUUCACUGUGCGAUUGCUGAUCCGAUUAAUUUUGCAGGUGCCAGCAGCCGCGACGAAGAACCCCUAAACUGCCCACGUCCUCAGCCAAGUGACGAAGAGCAAACCGAAUGUGACGACGGUAAUAAACAAGAGUCUACAAUAGAUUCAUUCCCCCAGUUCUCUGGGGAACCAAUGAGCCGGGACCAAUGUGCGCUACAGUACACGGACCAGUGCGAACCUCCGUUGUAUACCAUUGACCACUGUACAAAGGCGUACGCGCUUUUUCUGUCCUGUGAUAACCGGAUAAGUGUAGACGACCUGAAGAAAAUCACCACUGCGAUGUCCAAACCUCCGUUGCGACCGAUUUUUCUUGCCUUGUACGACAGUGAAAAGGUUACGUUGAGCAAUCUUCAAGCAGUCCAGCGGCAGACUGUUGCUUUGUCUAUCUCAUACUGCAUCUCUAAUCGUCCUACCCAAAAGCUUACCCAACUAAGAUUUACUAAUUUGCUGCAAUUCCAAUUGCUCCACUGCUACGGGAUGGAGAUCAAGAAAAACGAUUUCAGCCAGUCGAGCAAGAUCAAAAUAAUCGCUUUUACCAACACAACCAUCCUGUCUUUAGAACAAGACACUUUUACCGACCUGCCAGCAUUAAAACUGUUGUCUCUUGAGUACGGCCUGAACCAAAUGGAUACUUUCACGAAAUCCCUGCGUGACUACUUAAAAAAGCUUCAUUGUAGCUGUGAAUUCCAGUGGUUUCGCGAUUGGUGGAGUAGUAACCAAGACCUGCUACGAGAGGCCAAAAAGGAUGAAAUUUUCAACAUUCUUGGUCAAUUUGGAAGUCCGCCCGUUAGCAAAGCUGAAACCUAUUUACCCAUUGACUGCGCAGUAGAUUCACAUUCUAUCGGGCCGGCUUCCAUUGAUCACAAACAGUACAGGUUUUCGAUCAACGAACCAGACGAUUGUCCGGCCAAGCUUGAGAAUGCUAAAGACACAUUUCCUACCUUUUCCAUCUCCCCGAUGACCGCCGCAGAAUGCAGCGCUCAGUUCACCGCCAACUGUCAACCAUGGGAUCAUACUAAAUGGGACUGUCCGUUUAAUAAGCGCUUCGAGGUGAACUGCAACCGAAAGGUCAGAAUCAACGAGGUCACCGGGAUGGUCGAAGCCAUUGUUAAAUCGCCUGUACGUCCUGUUGGCUUGUUUGUAUACGACGGUUCUGCGUUCUCGUUAACCAGCAUCGCUCCAGUAAGAAAGCAGGUUGUCCGUUACCAGCUUGUGUACUGCACAAGUUCGCGAUCUUCCGAAAAACUGCGCGAAGUGCGCUUACCCAACCUGCUAGCGUUCACCCUCAUGCACUGUUACGAUUUAGUUGCCCAAAAAGCGGACUUCGAGUAUUCUCAGAAAAUCAGGGUGGCCGUCUUUAGAAAUUCCACAUUUCUCAGUCUGGAAAGCGAUACGUUUUCUCAGCUACUGGGGCUGCGCAUUCUGUCCCUGGAGUAUGACCUGAAUACCGCCCCUACUUUCAGCCCCGAAGCCAGCAAUUACCUCCAGCAUUUACACUGUUGGUGCGAUUUUGCAUCGUUUCGCGCUUGGCGGAAGUGCCAGGUUCAGUUGCUUCGCACUGCGGAGGAAGGAGUGGUUUAUCAUAUUCCUGAUGGUUACUCGAAUUCUCGUUACAAUGAAGGCAACAUCUACCUGCCAAUCGACUGCAACGCUUAUCCUUUUCCAGGCAGGAUUGACCUCCGCCAGACCGAAUUCUCGUUGAAUGAACCCGACUGCUUUUCGGAUUCGAUUCCUACCGGUUUUGGCGGAAGUCUCGAUACCGGUUUUGGCGGCAGUCUUGAUACUGGUUUUGGUGGCGGUCGUUAGAGUAAAUGCUGCUGCUGACUGGGAACACAUCAAUGAAUACGCAGCCUUGAGUAGGGUUUUUCUCUUUCGGCUGUUUACUGAUGUCUGAUGGCUGAAUGGUUUUAAUUACGGUAUAACGUUUACCAGGCUUUUUGUUAUAUGGACGGGCUCAAAUCGGAAGUACAAGUUGUCAAGUAUCGACUACAAAAUGAUUUGGCUAUGAUUUCUGCUUAAUAAAUUAGCUACCUAAUAAUUAUUAUCAAUGCUGUUCUGCUCGCACAGUUAGUCACUUUUUUUAAACGAACGUUGACACCAGUGCUUCGACACUUGGAAACAAAAUGCUUCAACACUUGGAAAUGCGAUCCGUAAUUGGCUUUUUUUAUCUCUGUCUUUUCUCGUUUGUUGCUCGUGGUAUGUAUCCCUCUGCGUGCCUAAGGCACA